AGCCGCAAAUAAAUAAACGCCCACUCGCCCCCCUCGCUCGCGCCUCCUGCGGUCCUGCCGUUGCCAUCAACGCCAGAUCCUAGCCCGCCAUUAAUGCCGUUACCCCGAGCUCGAGAUCAGAGGCGGCGGGGCGGCUGUGUCCGUGUUCGCGCCAGGCGUGGCCACCGUGACACGCGCCCACGCCGUUUAUAAAACCGCACCGCCGCCCGCCCGCCCUCCCCCCCUGCUCGGCUCGGGUUCUGCUCUCUGCACCGCACACUGUCACCGCGCGUCCGUGACCUGACCUUGGCGGCCGCGUAGGAUGCUCACGUGCAUCGCCUGCUCCAAGCAGCAGUUCGCCGCCGGCGGCGGCCCGCCACUGCAUGAGCCGCCGGAGGACGACGAUGUCGUUGACGGAGGAGGCGCCAUCGGCGGCGCGGGUACGCCCAGCACACGGCACGCCAUCAAGGCGCUCACCGCCCAGAUCAAGGACAUGGCGCUCAAGGCGUCGGGCGCGUACCGGCACUGCAAGCCCUGCGCGGGCUCCUCCGCGGCGGCGUCGCGGCGGCACCACCCGUACCACCACCGCGGCGGCAGCGGCGUCUUCGGGGGCUCCGACGCCGGCUCGGCCUCCGACCGCUUCCACUACGCGUACCGCCGCGCCGGGAGCUCAGCGGCCUCCACUCCGCGACUGCGCAGCGGGGGCGCCGCCCUGUCGAGUGGCGACGCCACGCCGUCCAUGAGCGUGCGCACCGACUUCCCUGCCGGCGACGACGAGGAGGACGACGAGAUGGCGUCGGAAGCCGCUGGCGGAUGUGGUGGUGGUGGCAAGGACGACGACGCCAGGGAGUGGGUAGCGCAGGUGGAGCCCGGCGUGCUCAUUACCUUCGUCUCGCUGGCGCAAGGUGGCAACGACCUGAAACGCAUUCGAUUCAGCCGUGAGAUGUUCAACAAAUGGCAAGCACAAAGAUGGUGGGCUGAAAAUUAUGACAAAGUUAUGGAACUUUACAAUGUCCAGAGGUUUAAUCAAACUGUCCCUCUCCCGACUACCCCAAAAUCUGAAGAUGAGAGCUCCAAAGAGGACAGCCCAGUAACACCACCACUGGACAAGGAACGGCUACCUCGCACAUUCCACAGACAAGGUGGUGGAGCUAUGGGCUACUCUUCAUCAGAUUCUCUCGAGCAUCACUCAAACCACUACUGUACUGGCCACCACCACCAUCAUGGACACCAAUGCUGUGAUUCAAUGGGCCUGGCAUCAACACCAAAGCUGUCAAGUAUCAGUGGAGCCAAGACAGAAACCUCAUCAAUGGACGCAUCAAUGAGGACAAGCUCGUCACCUGAAGAGGUCGACAGGUCUGGUGAGCUCUCGGUGUCCAUCAGCAAUGCAAGCGACCAGGAGAGGGAGUGGGUCGAGGAAGACGAGCCUGGUGUAUAUAUUACAAUCCGGGCUUUACCUGGUGGGAUCAGAGAGCUUCGCCGUGUUCGGUUCAGCCGGGAGAAGUUCAGCGAGAUGCAUGCCAGGCUAUGGUGGGAAGAGAACCGAGCGAGGAUACACGAACAGUACCUCUGAGAAGAAAUGCCCGAGACCAUCAGCAUCUUCCCCUUCGGUUGAGCUGAUGAUCCAUGCUUGUACAUCUGGCACUAACAAUUCUACAUGCAUUUCCAGCUCCAUUCAAUGCUUUGCUAACCUAAGAGGUCCCGUUUCCGGUAUUUUACAUUUCGUUCAAUCUCUUUUGCCGUUUUUUUCGUCAGUUUUGAUCAGGAAAUGCGUGAGCAAAACUCGUUUAGCUCAAAGAGUGUCUAGCGUAGGUGGAAAAAUAAUGUACGUCUUUCACAACUGAACCUGUAAUUCCGCUUUCCGGCAACCAAAGGUGUAUCCCGUUUUUUAUUAAUACUGUAUAUCUACUUAUUGUUUCCCAUAGGACAAAGUAGCUUGUGUUGUGUG